AUCAAUUCACUUAUUCAAUUCCUCGAUUGACUCCUCGGCUAGGCUAGUUUCACGUCACCCGAAACCCUGAGCUUAUAAAUCAAGCACUGAGCACGCAGAGCCUCACUCAAUUCGUCAUCAUGCGUUCUCACGAUGCUAUGAAAAGUGAAGAGGCCAACGAUGCCGCCUGGGAAGCAGCCAGAGGAGGUGUCGCGGGUGCUGUCAAGUGGGGAAUCGGUGCUGCGAUACUGGGUGCUGCCGGGUACAUCUGGUCGCCGCUAUAUCGAUCCAUGACGGUUCAAUUCAAAGUGUAUCUACAAAUGUGUGGCAUGGUUCCGGGAGCCAUGAUUGAGGCGGACUCACGACUCAGAGCAUAUGAGCAACGGGUGAGAGUGCAACGGAGGUUAAUGGGCGACAAGGCCAAAUGGGAACGAUACGAGGAGGAAUAUAUCAAAGGCGACGGUAAAUGAUCACCAUACUGGGAAACAAGCAUGACAUGUCACUGAAAAGUUUGACUGUAACUGCUGGGGUAUAACGGCGUACAUAUUUCACAUUAAAGAUGACCAUUGAGUCGUCCUUGUAAAAUCACAUUUCUUUACCAUCUUUUCCCUUACUUGCUCAGACAAAUACCAACCCCAACGCCUAUUAUGUACCU